UUUAGAAAACGUUAACUUAAGAUGGCUAAGAAGAACGGAACGUCAUGGUUCACGGCCGUGAAAAAGAUUCUCUGGUCACCAUCAAAAGACUCAGAUCACAAGAAGACUCACAAGAAAGAAACUGAUUACAAGAAAAAUGAAAAGAAAGGAUGGAUAUUUAGAAAGACCAAACUCGAAACUACAAAUUCUGUAGUAGAAGACACUGUCCGUAAGGUUCUUACGGUGGAGACAGUGGAGGAAGAGAAACCUGCGGUUAAUGUCUCCGCCGUGGAUGAAGCUGUCGCCGAGAUCGUUAAACUAAAGGCACCUCCGGGUUUUAUUAGACGUCAUUGUGCUGCCAUUGUUAUUCAGACAGCUUUCCGAGGCUACCUCUCGAGGAGAGCAUUACGGGCAUUGAGAGGGAUAGUGAAGCUACAAGCAUUAGUGAGAGGUAACAAUGUAAGAAACCAAGCCAAACUUACUCUAAGAUGCAUCAAAGCUUUGGUUCGAGUUCAAGAUCAAGUACUUAAUCAUCAUCAACAACGGUCAAGAGUCUUAUCAUCAUCACCAUCCCGUAACUAUAACAUUGAAGCAAGACGUAACUCGAUGUUCGCUGAAUCUAACGGUUUUUGGGACACCAAAACAUAUCUUCAAGACAUCCGUAGCCGUAGAUCUCUGUCGAGGGAUAUGAGUAGAUGCACCAACAAUGAAUUUGACUCGGAAGAAACAGAAUCUAUUUUGCAGAAGAAGUUAGAGAUUGCUAUUAAACGUGAGAAAGCACAAGCACUUGCUCUCUCUAAUCAGAUUCGGAGUCGGUCGUACCGGAAUCAAUCAGCCGGUGACGAUGAGCUUCUAGAGAGAACACAAUGGCUUGAUCGUUGGAUGGCUACAAAGCAAUGGGACGACACAAUCACCAACUCUACAAACGUUAGAGAUCAAAUCAAGACACUUGAAUUAAACACUCAUCAUCAUCAAAGAUCGUAUCCAACGACUCCACCGUCGUGCAGAGCUUCAAGAUCCGUUAUGGUGAGAUCAGCUAGUCCUAGGAUACCGUGUUCACCUUCCUCGGUGCAGCCAAACUACAUGUCGGCUACGNGUGUAACUGUUGCUUUAUUUUGGACGUACGCGAAACUGUUUUGUAUGUACACACAAAUCAAGCAAGAGAGUUGA